CAUUGUUUCUUCUGUCGCCGUCGGGGCCUGUAAUUCAUGAACCCAAGACUCGUCCCUCCUUGUCAAGGGCUCAGCUCACAGAGAGGUUAGCUAACCCUCAGGUGGUAUUUCAUCCAAGUUCAACGGAUUAUAUCUGAUUCCUACGUAAGCAUGAAUGCCACCUGGCACUUCUGUAGCGCCCACUGCUGUGGUGAUCAGCCGAUUCAGUAGCCCUCGUGCGCAGGGAAUACAACAGCAGCCGACAACAAUUAACACGGCUACUGCCAUUAUUCCCGCGAUGAGUACUGACUGGAUCAUGCCUUUCCACCUACCAAACAGGUUCUCCAUCCAUCCAGCUAUUGGGUCAAUAAUACCGGAGUUCUCGGCCAACUCUAACUUGAGGGAUUGCAGUCCGGCCAACGCCCUGGCCACGGACCCAUCUGGAGCUGUGUUAUUGGGGAUAAAAGUACAACAUGUUGUCCCUAUCAUCCUGCACACCCCUCCUCGUUCUGCUAAUAACAUAUCUAAGGCUAGCCUAUUCUGAUAGGUCAUCCGGGAGGUGGCAUCCAAUUGUUCGGACAGUCCUUUGACUGCCUCUUCUGUAAAAUUAACAAACCUUUGUUGAUUAUAGUAUAUGUAAUUUAUCCAGUCAACAUUUUUAUUAAUAGUAGACCACCAAAAUAGAAUUGUUUCAAAUCCUGCCGCUAUCUGAUUCCAGGCUUUAUGUUCGUUGGGGACCCCUCUGGGUACUCCUAUUGCGUCUGUGUAUAUGUUUUUAUCAAAACUACCCGGGACUGGUGCAUACUCCCGUUUCCGACGGGUCAAAUCCGGGAGACCACCGCCCGUGGAUAAUGUGAGAUCCAUCACAGUCUUGCUAUUGGGUAAAAUGAAGAUGGGCAUUAUUAAUUGUAUGAUUGCGCACGUUCCUGAGAAUUCAAAAGGGAGAACUCCCCUGAGGAUCUGUCCUCCACAGAACCACCAUAUAUCACUCCGGGCAUGGGUCAUAUUGGACAACAAUUUUAUCUCUCUAGUGGUGUUACAAGACUCAGGAGGAAAUGAUCCCACCUUUCUCCCUGUUCCCCUUCCUGUGAUACAAUGAUAGUCCGGAGUUAAAUUAACUUCAAAUCUGGGGGGUAUAGAUCUAAUCAGGGUCUGAGGAUACAUGUUAUUUAGUUGGGAUUUUAUUGUAAUUGAGCACCCUGGGAUGUGACCGUCCACGAACAAUUCCAAUAGACAAACAAAACCUUGCGGUGAAUUAUGUAGGGUGAUUCUAGCGGGGGCUGUGGUCAAGGAGGGGCGGCCGGCGGCACAGAUAAUGCAGUUGGUCUUGCCCUGGGCCCGGGCCGUGUAGUUUAUCCAUUUUAACCACAUGUUCUGAUCAAGCUCACCCGUCUUUACCUCCCAAUAUUCUUCGUGCGUCCCUUCGUUUGGGUGCACUACCGGGGGUGGUGAAAAAUGUGGCGCUUCUAAGGAAUCAUACGUCCCUUUUGGUGGAAAUUUAUUGGGCCCGAAUGCAUAUCCUGAUAGAUGGAUAACUACUUUUAGGUCCUGCCCAUAAGUAUCCGCCCUUAACACUAGAAAAACCAGGCCUUUGUCUGUCUUAUGAGAUCUGUUUUCGGGAACGAGUAAAUCUGCCCUUAACUUUAGGAAUAUCGACUCUCCCUUGACUGCUAGACCAUUAUUGGUCCAGAUUUCCUUAUAGCCAUAUACUCUUCUGGUAAGGGAGAUUCCCUUUUGGAUUUCCUUGUAGCUGGACCUCAGGGGAUAAUAGCCCUCCUUGUACCCAGGAUGGGUAAGCCACGAUGCCUGGGACCACGCAUGGCAGGCAUAACUUCUUAUGUAGCUUCCGUCUGGUCUGGUACCUACGCACAUGUACUUUUCUGCCUGGUAGACCCGGUCCAUCCUGGUCCCACAGGGCAGCAUCUCACAAAAAUCCAGCUCAAAGAUACUUUCUAUCCCUCGACAGUACCUUAACGAGACCUGACCUGUUGUUGUUGGUUUGGGCGGUGGGUAGUUGGCGAUGUUGUCUCCCGCUCCUUCUUGGAACAGGACUACCAGAAGGAAUCCUACCAGAUACCUUCCCAGGGGCACGCUUUGGCCCAUCGUCUUGGAGUGGGGCGUGUUUGUCCUUGGCUUGGAGUGCAGCUAGGUCGGUCAGGGUCUCAGUCCACGAUCUGCCGGGGUAUCUGCUUUGCGGCACCGGCUCAGGUUGUGCCACUGGGCCCCACGUCGGUCUUCUACAGAAACAGAAAAGGGUGUGGCCAAGAGUACCUUGUAUGGCCCCUCCCACCGGUCUUCUAGGUUCUUUCGAUGGUGUUUUUUCACCCAGAUCCACUCACCAGGUGUCACCGACGUUGGUGAAGGGUCCUCUGGAUCGGACGGCUUCUGGUCUGUGAUCUGGGAAUACAACCUUAAAGAAGCUUGAGUUAGUGCUUGCAGGUACUCCUGCAUUACUUCAUCAAACCUGUCAGAUGGGGGUCCUUUGGAUGGUGGGCUGUAUGGUCCUUGCAUGGGACGUCCUGUGACUAAUUCAUGGGGGCUGAGAAGGUUGGUGUUAGAGGGAGAGGAUCUUAUGGCCAUUAAUGCCAAUGGCAGAGCUGUCACCCAGGUCAUCUUUUUUCCUGCUGUCUUUUCUUUAACUUUCCCUGUCAGCUGAUUCACCUGCAUGCGUCCUAAGGUUCGAGUUUCUACCUCCUCGGUGCUGUCCCUAGAUUUCUCCAGUCUGUUGCUUCUGAGCAUUUUUGCUAAUUGAUUCUUGAUUGUCUGGUUUGCUUGCUCUACCAGGCCUUGCGAUUGGGGGUGAUAUACUGAGCCGAAUCUGUGUUUGAGUCCUAUAUAUGUUUCCACCUCCUGAAGGUGGGCGUUGGCGAAGUGGGUACCAUUAUCUGAGCAGAUAAGCUUUGGGUAUCCCACGCAGGGAAUGAGUUUCCUGUGUUAACCAUUUGAUGAUGUUUCCCGUCCUCCUUUUUAACCGGAAUUGCUUCUACCCAUCUAGUGAACCUGUCGACGGCUACUAACAUAAACCGUUUUCCGUCAACUCUGUUCUCUUGUCCCAUAUCUGUGAAAUCAAUGUAGAUUUCUUGAAAUGGGAGCUGGGGCACGGGGAAUUGUCCUUUGGUUAUCUUGAAUCCCCGCCUGGUUGCAGGCUUGGCACGUUUGACAGUCCUGGACAUACUGGUCGCACACAGCUUUGAGGGCUGGAUGCCACCAGUAUCUUUCAAUCCUUUCCCAGGUCUUGGCCUUUCCUUCGUGUGCCAAUUCAUGCUCCUUCCUUAGGAGGAACAGCAGGGCCUUGGAGGAGACAACCGGCUUUCCAGUGGAGGAGUAGUAUAUUCCAUCCGGGCUCUCUCUGUCCCCUUUUCCUCUCCACGCCGAUUUCUCAUAAGGUCCUGAUCCUCCUUGCAUUUCUUUGACCAUCUGUUCAUCUGAGUCCAGAGCUGUUUCUUCAUUGACCAUCAUCUGGUGUACCACCGGGGUGUAUCCUCCUUCUUUUAGAUGUUCUACUGGGACGUAUCCGGCUGCUUGAUGGCUACUUCUCGAGGUAGUUGGGCUGUUUUGGCUAACAGCAAGAUUAGGUCUGUGUGUUUUGCUUUGGUAUUAGCACUGGUGAUCAUCUGUCUGUUUAUCAUUUGUUGUCCGUUUAGGUGGGCCAGCUCAUAUGCAUAAUUGGAAUCGGUGUAGAGAUUUAGCGUUCGCCCCUUGGCUAUCCGUAGACCUUCACACAUAGCAUAUAGUUCGGCUCUUUGUGCUGAAGCGGGCUGUUCUAAUAUGCCACUAGCCAGAGUGCUGCAUAUUCCUUGUUUGGUUUGUUCCACUACAGCCCAUGAGGCCAGGUUUUCUCCAUUGGCGGCUCUGUAGCAGCAUCCAUCGGUGUACAAGGUCAUGUCCACUGGUUGAAGGGGUUCCGCUCUCAGUCCUGGUCGAAUCUUCACUGCCUUCUUUAUUUCUUCUGAGCAUAUGUGAGGUUCUCCAUCGUUGGGUCCGGGCAUGGUGUCCGUCAUGUUGGCUCCUUGGGUGGUGAAGGUGACCAUGGGAUUCCCCAAUAUUCUCUGGAGUUUUGCGUUCCUGGUUGCUGUGGUGAUUGUGUAGUCUGAACUAUCCAGGUAUGCUUUUACCCUGUGGAUAGUGUGGACCACAACUGGGUGUGUCAUUACUAUGUAGGCCGUCUUGUCCAGGCUUUUGGCGAUGGCGCAUAUAGCUUUUCCACACUCAGGGAGUCCUUUUUCUGGUGGUUCCAGAGCAGAGCUGUGGUAGGCUAGGACAUUCCGUUGUCCUCGUUGUAUCUGCCAUAGGAUUCCGUUGAUCACACAGUCUCUUACUGACACAUCCAGGUGAAAGGGUUCUUUGUAGUCUGGGGCGGCCAGGGCCGCGGCACUAUACAUGCUUUGUUUUAGCCUGGUGAAUGCUUCUUCAGCUUCAGGGGUCCAUUCCAAGGGGGCUUUUAGAUUCCUGUGUCCUGCUUUGGUGAUGAGUUGUCGCAGUGUAGUUGUUUCGCCGGUGUAAUCAGGGAUGUAGGUCCGGCUAUAUCCUGUCAGUCCUAGGAAUGCUAGCAUUUGUCGGACUGUGAUUGGCUUUGGAUAGGUUUUGAUCGCGCUUCUGUGUCCUUUGCCGAUCUCUCUUCUAUUCCCUCCUAUUACUUUCCGCAAGAAAGUAAACUCUUCUUUCACCAGUUGUAGUUUUGUUUUCUUGAGUUUGUAUCCUUUUUGUGCUAUUGUUUGCAGCAAGUUUUCAGUCGCCUGUAGGCAAGCUUCCUUUGUCUCAGCUGCCACGAGGAGGUCAUCCACGUAUUGUAUCUGGACCGUGCCUGAAGGGAGAUCCAGUCCUGCAAGGUCCUCCUUGAGGCAGGUGUUGAAGAUGGUGGGGGUGCUUCGGAAACCUUGUGGCAUCCUUCUGUACGUGUAUUGUUGUUCUCUAUAUGUGAAAGCGAAGAAUUGUCUUGACUCAGUGGCCAAAGGGAUGCAGAAGAAUGCAUUGGCGAGAUCCACCACCGUGAACCAUCGAUGUUCAGAGCUUACAGGAUUUAGGGCCACGUAUGGGUUAGGGACCUUCUCCGUGGGGGCUACGGUCCGAAUGUUGAUGGCCCUCAGGUCAUGCACCAUCCUCCAGGUUAGGCCAUCGGCUUUUCUCACUGGCAGGAUCGGUGUGUUCCAUUCUGAGGUGGUCUUCUCCAGCACACCUGCUUCCAGCAGGCCCGUUAUGGUGUCGUUGAUUCCCUCCUUCGCAUCCGGCUUUAUCCUGUAUUGAUGUCGCCAUUCCGGGCGAUGAGGGUUCUUCACGUUCACCACAAUGUUGUGCUGCGGGGUGUGUCCCACAUCAUACGGUCCAUUUGCCCACACCGUCUCCUUAAUGCGUGUAAGCAUGGUGGUCACUUCUGGGUCUUCUGGGUCCCGUCAGUUCCUGCCAGUAGAUGGUGGUGUCGUCAUGAGCUUCUGGCUUCGGGUCGUCUAUUAACAUGGACAUGUGUGCUUCAUCUGGGGCGGGUUUGGCGGGGUGGUACAGGGUGACGCCUCCCAAGUUGCAGGCAAGAGUGAUUUGUAGGGAACCCAUUAGGUCCCUUCCUAAUAGAUUGAUGGGGCAUUUUGGGGCGUAUAGGAAUGAAUGAAUUCCUUUUUGUUCUAGUAUGUCGAAGUUGAGUGGGGUUGUGAACGGUCGUUCAAUGGGUUUCCCAGAGAAUCCCAUGGUUUUUAGAGAGCGGCGAGAGAGUGGGGGUGUUUUUCCCGCGAGACUUCCGAUAGUUGAUACGGAUGCUCCCGAGUCCACUAGAAACGUGCAUCUGUGUCCACCUACGUAUGCGUCCACAGUAGGUAGUCCGAGGCCCAGUUCCGUUCUCGCCCGCUCGUCCUUACAAUCAUCCCUAUUGUUGUAAGGUUAACAUGGAGUUGCCCGUUGCGGGCAGAGCCUUGAGGCCAGUAUUUUGAUUUUGUUGUUGUGACGGGAACCUAGAUUGGGCCAUGUCGGAGUGGUACUUGGGGCAGUCCCUGAUCCAGUGUCCCAUUUGGUUGCAAUGCAUGCAUGGAUACUGACGUAUCGUCCUUUCUCUUCCUCUUCCUUGUUGUUGUUUCUGAGUGUUGGGUUGUAGGGAUGUCCCGAUCCGAUAUUUGGAUUGGAUCGGCCGCCGAUAUUAGCAAAAAAAUGCAUAUCAAUAUCGGAUCGGCCUGCAAGGGAAAAUCCCGAUCCAGUUUGUUUUCAAAACUCCGGUCCGUGUUUUUGAGCGCACCAAUGUAGGUAAUCCAUUCCAGUUUUUUUCAGCUUUUCCCCCCAAAUCCGGUCCGCGUUGUUCAGCACACCUAGCGCACACCUAGUGACCUGUCCAGCAUCCCACUUGUCUGUGCAUGUCCCACUAAGGAUUUAAAGUUAUCGAUAAAAAUGUCAGCUGUGUGGGAUUAUUUUACCCUAAAAAACGAAAAAGACGAACAGGCGGAGUGCAAUACUUGCCAUAACAAAGUCAAGCGUGGUGGUAAAGCAGUAAGACAUUUUAAUACGACCAACCUUAUCAAGCAUUUAGCGAAAUACCACCAAAAACAACAUGAAGCGUUUCUAAAGAAAACCGAAGACAAGAAAAGGAAAGGUCCUACACAACCAACACUGGCAGAAACGUUUGCAAAGCGUGACAAACUGCCACAAAACAGUGCCAAAGCCCAGGGAAUAACAAGAGUUAUUGCCGAGGAAAUAAUACUGGAUGAGGAGCCACUAUCUCUCGUGAGUAAAGUCGGGUUUAGACGCACCAUCGAACACCUUGAACCACGGUACAAUAUGCCCAGCCGCCAUUACAUCGUUGAGAAGACUAUCCCCCAGAUACACAAAGAUGUUAAAGGUUACAUUGCCAAACAAGUGGAGAGUGCAAAUGCACUUAGUUUCACAACGGAUAUUUCGAGCUGUGAUCACCGCCCUUUAUCUUUAUUGAGUUUAACUGCACACUGGAUUGGGCCCGACUUCACCCCAAAGAGAGCUGUUUUGCAUGCGCGUGAGUUCAGAGGCUCACACACAGCGAAUGCAAUCACAGACGCCAUGCAAAAUAUGCUGUGUGCCUGGAAGAUUGACAAAAAUAAAGUCCAUGUCAUUUUAAGAGAUAACGCGGCCAAUAUGAAAAAGGCCAUGGAUCAGCUUGGAGUGCCAAGCCUGGGAUGUUUUGCGCACCUCUUACAGCUCGUUGUCCACCAGGGUCUAUUGGCACAGCGAGCUGUAAGCAAUGCCAUCGCCAACGGGAGAAAAAUUGUGACUCACUUCAAAUACUCCCCCAAGGCCUACUCGGAACUCGAGGACGUCGAGGAAGAGUUGAACAUUGAACCGAAGCGUCUGCAACAGGACGUACAAACCAGAUGGAGUAGUACUAAGAUGAUGAUCGACAGCCUACUACAUGCUAAGCGGGCACUGCAGGCCUAUGCAUCGGAUAGCAACAGCAAUCUGCCAGCCACUAUAACAGGCAACCAAUGGUCGCUGCUGGAGAAAACGGCUACAGUUCUUAAACCCUUCCAAGAGCUGACAGCCGAGGUCAGUGCAGCCUCCGCCACAGCAGCCGAUGUGAUCCCCUCUGUCCGUGUCCUGACACGCUUUCUGGACACUGAGAGCGAAGCACACCAAGGGAUUCAAACCAUGAAGGCCACACUACUCGAUGCCGUUCACAGACGUUUUUACCAUGUGGAAAUGGAACCCCUCUAUGCCGUGGCAACACUGCUGGAUCCACGCUACAAAGACAAGUUCUUCCCUAAUGCAACCAACCUGGAUCAGGCAAAGAAGGCACUAAAGGCAGUGGUGAUGAAAAUGGAACAAGAGCUGAAGAAGACCAUGCCACCAUCUGGAGAAGUGUCUGAGGCUGAGCCAGCAAGGCAAACACCAGGAAUGGAGGCUGAAAGCUCAACCAGCAGCCUGGGCAGCUACUUCGACGAAAUACUGGAGGAGAGCAGCACAGCAGUAGCAGGUCCGUCUGAGCAGGAGAUCCCCCCAGGGGCACUGAUUCAGUUGGAGAGCUACCUCAGCAAGGCUCCACUUGGACGUAAGAACAAUCCUUUUCAUUACUGGAGAGACAAUCAGGCUCGACUACCCACCCUGGCAGCAACAGCAGCCAAGUUCCUCUGUGCUCCUUGCACGAGUGUUGAGAGUGAGAGGCUUUUUAGCGCAGUCUCACUUAUCAUUGAUGAGCACAGGAGCAGGCUGACACCUGAGCAUGUUGAAAUGAUCACCUUUGUGAAGAAGAAUCUCCCCAUCAUGCUCAGACUGCAGCCAGGGCAAACAGUAGAAAUUGAAGGGAGUGUGGUGAUGGAGAUGGAGCAGUAAAGUGUGAAGGAGAUAGCAAUACUGUAGAAGGCGUGACAGUUAUUUGGGUUGUUAUAGCCAAUGCAGUGUGUGUGUGUGUGUGGUAAUUUCACUAUUUUCUACUCAGGUUUUGUGUGUGUUGCUUUUAUAUCUAAUGUUAUAUUGUUUACAAUAUUGUUUGCACUGUUGGCUUUUUAAGCCUUGGUUUACACUCUUGUUGUUCAAGAGCAGAGCACUGAUGCCAAUUCAGUGUGUGUGUGGUAAUUUGACUAUUUUCUACUCAGGUUUUGUGUGUGUUGCUUUUAUAUAUAAUGUUAUAUUGUUUACAAUAUUGUUUACACUCUUGUUUUUCAAGAACAGAGCACUGAUGCCAAUUCAGUGUGUGUGUGGUAAUUUGACUAUUUAUUAUUUUGUCUAUUUUGUAUUGAACCCUGAAUAAACAGGUCAGCUUCUCAUUACCAACUAUUGUGGAUUAUUCAAACUAACCUAACCCUUUUCAACAUGAGUAGUACAACAAAAUAAAUAAAUAUCUUUAAUCUUUAAUACAUGCUUGGAUCGGCCGGUAUCGGUAUCGGCCGAUGCUAAAAGCUACAAUAUCGGUAUCGGAUCGGAAGUGCAAAAAGCUGGAUCGG